AUGACUACGGUAGUUGCUGUUGGUACUCCCCUUGCGGAGGCCUUGAGUAAUGUCAUCCAGCCGAAGCUGGUAGAGAUGGGAUGGAGCUCCGACGGCGGCGAUGAUUCUGCGUUAACCGAAUACGUGAUUCUCAUGCUUGUCAACGGCAAGACACAAGAACAGAUUGCUGGCGAACUCUCCAACGACCUCCUCGGACUCGGCGAAGGCGAUACACAAGCCCUGGACUUUUCGCGAUGGCUCUUUGAACAGGUCGAAUUCCUCAACCAGCAGAUCAAUGGCGGGGGUAUCCAACAAUCAAUUGAAAGCGACCCUGCGCAGGCUAUUCCGUCCUUUAAUGACCAAGAGGCCUCCGACAACCAAGCGAUGAUGACUGGGGAUGGCGCUAUGGAUGCCGAUAUGGGCAUGGGCGACAACGGAGCUGCGAACGAUACGAUGUGGGUUUCACCUUCGGACUCUGCGGUGGUGACUUGGGCUGACACAGAAACCAAUAGACCUACAGGCCCGAAAGCAAUGCGCAACAACAGACCAGGCGGGAGAGGUAGGAUGCUCAACCAGAUAAAUCGCCAACUAGACCGCGCCGAUUCUGCGUUACACCGCGUCCGCGGCCAGCCCGGUAGUGGACGUAUCAACUCCCAUGGCCGUGACCAUACAAAGGGUCGCUUCCAUCAGCAUGGCGGAGGGAGGAUGUCGGGCGGACGUCAGAUGGGUGGAAUGGGUAUGGGACCCAAUCAAAUGCCGGGUGGCCCAGGAAACAUGAUGAACAUGACCCCGCAAGAUCAGAUGCAUCUCAUGUCUCUACUCGAAGAGCAAGCAAGGAUGAUGUCCCAGUUUAUGCCCGGCUUUGUAUCGCCAGCGAUCAACCCAGCUUUCCAACAGAACGGACCGCAACAGGGCCGUUCAUUGUUUGACCGCGUGGAACGCCAGCAGGGCCGCCGGCAUUUUAACAAGCGAGACGACAAGAAUGCCGAUACCGAUAUGGACACAAAGCCCGACCAGGGUGGUGAGCAGGAUGAAAGCAAUACGGACUCGAUAUGUCGCUUUAAUCUCCGGUGUACUCGGAGAGAUUGCCCGUUUGCGCACCAGUCGCCAGCUGCCCCCGAGGGCACUCCCGUCGAUGUGGCUGACGUAUGUUCUUAUGGAGCCGCUUGCAAGAACAGGAAGUGUACCGGUCGCCAUCCGUCACCUGCCGUUAAGUCAGCCCACCAAGCUGAAGAGCUGUGCAAGUUCUUCCCUCAUUGUGCGAACCCUCACUGCCACUUCAAACAUCCUUCGAUGCCUUUAUGUCGGAAUGGUGCAGAUUGCUCGACCGAAGGGUGCAAGUUCACGCAUGUUCAGACGCCUUGCAAGUUCAAUCCUUGUCUCAACCCCUCGUGCCCAUACAAGCACGCCGAGGGUCAGAAAGGAGCGUUCGCGGACAAGGUGUGGACUGCUGAUGGGCAAGAGAAGCCGCAUGUGAGCGAGAGGAAAUUCGUCUCCGAUGAGGACGGUGCAGAGGAACUGAUUAAACCCGUUUCAUCCUCUCCAAUUGCUGAGAUGAGACUACCAUGUGCCCCUAGCCGUGCACUCAGGGGGGUGCGCACGCCAUUGGCGUUCGCCCGCAUCGGCCAGAGAUACUCCUCAACGUACGAUGCCGCCGUCAUUGGCGGUGGCAUCACCGGUCUCACAGCAGCUUAUCGGCUAUCGCAGGACCCCAAUUGCUCCAAGAUCACACUAUACGAGAAGGCUCCUCGUGUAGGGGGCUGGCUACUGUCAGAAAAGAUUCCGGUCGAAGGUGGAAACGUUGUAUUUGAGUAUGGCCCGCGGACCUUGCGGACCGCAGUCCCCUCGUGUCUACCCCUUCUCGAUCUGCUCGUUGAGCUCGGCCUACACGAUGACGUUCUCUUAACAAGCAGCUCGUCGCCUGCCGCGCGCAAUCGUUAUAUCUACUAUCCUGAUCACCUCGUUCGUAUGCCCGCGCCUGACCCCAACGCCGGUCCGAUCGAAAACAUUACCAAUCCGCUAUAUGCUAUGCUACGUGAGCCGGUCUUCGAGGGUCUCCUUGCGAGCGCUAUCUUGGAGCCAGUCCGCGCCCCUCCGGACCACAAGUCGUUCAAUUCAGACGAGUCCGUUGCGGACUUCGUGUCGCGCCGAUUGUGCCCAGAGGUGGCAGACAACCUCGUUUCGGCUUUAUUCCAUGGUAUUUAUGCGGGCGACAUCAGUCGGUUAAGCGCGCAGACACUACUAGGUACCUUCCGGGACCUUGAGAAUGAUGACCGCCGAGUUAUCGGAGGCUAUAUUAAUUCUCUGAUGUCAGAUAUCAAGCUUAUGGCUAUGGAUGAUCUGUUGGCCUUGGAAUCUGUCGCACAUGAAAAACCUGGGAUGUACUGGAAAAGCUUACGGACGCUUGUCAACAAGACUAGCGUGUUGACGUUGAAAGACGGUCUGAGCCAGCUCUCAGACGGCCUGGUUGACACUCUGAAGAAAUCUAACAAGGUCGACGUUUUGACGAAUACGGACGUUAAGUCCAUUACCCAGAAUCCGACGACGCACGAUCUGAUUGUUGGAUCUGGACAGGACAGGCCACGAAUCCACAAUCGCGUAAUUGCUACAAUUCCAGCUCCCGAACUUGCAAACAAGCUCGCGACUACGAUAACGAAAGACCAGAAAGUACCCCAAAGUACUAUUCGGAAUCUCCAAGAGCACAAUUAUGCUGUAACAGUCAUGGUUGUCAACUUGUAUUUCCCUAACCCAGACCUCCUCCCGGUCAGCGGCUUUGGAUACCUCAUACCGCGGUCGAUCCCUUAUGAGCAGAACCCCGAGAGGGCUUUAGGAGUUAUAUUUGGAUCUGAUUCUAGCGUUGGUCAGGAUACUGCACCCGGCACUAAGCUUACGGUGAUGAUGGGUGGUCAUUGGUGGGAUGGUUGGAAAGAGUCCGAUUAUCCCGACCAUGACACAGCCGUUGCAAUGUCUCGUGCAUUGCUUCACCGGCAUCUGGGCAUUACGGAUGCGCCAACUCUAACGAGCAGUCGGCUGCGGCGGAAUGCCAUUCCCCAAUACACUGUUGGACACUUGUCUCGCAUGCGCGAACUGUCCCGGUCCACGCGGCACGAGCUCAACAACAGACUUACUCUUGCAGGAAGUUGGUAUAAUGGCGUUGGUGUGACGGACUGCAUCCGACAGGGGUAUUUAGCGGCGUCGUACGGCGUCGGUGCUCGAAAGCUGGGCCCCGGUGACGGCGAUCGCCCCUGGAGGAGGUUCGACUAUGAAAAAUGGGAGUUGGAGGGCGGCAUCGUCACUUCUCCUGUACGAUGGGCUGAGGUGUACAGGACCGAACGCAAACAUUUUUGA